CUCCUCUACAGACUGAUAUGCGCACGAGUGAUAUCACUAUGAGUGCUGUUACCCGUCACCGGAUCGUAGAUGACAGUACAGACGAAGAGGUCACCCAACACACCAGGACUCUAAUAUGGCAAUUGCUUGGAGGGUUUUUGUUCCCUGACACGAGUGGGGCAAGAAUACGAUUGUACUUUUUGGAGGUCUUGCAGUGUGACUUGGCUUUAGCCCGUCGCUGGAGUUGGGGAUCAGCGGUUCUCGGGUACCUCUACCAUAACUUGUGCAACGGCGCGAUGUGGGAAACCAAACAAGUUGGCGGUUGUAUGCACUUGUUACAGAUUUGGGCUUGGUCGAGGAUUUCGAUGGUCUGUCCCUCAGCACUUCAGGUCAUUCAACAUGGCCAUCUUCCAUAUGGGUGCAAGUAUGUUGUCAAUUACAUCUUAAUAAUUGAGAAUGCUUUACAUGACGUUACAUUUUUUAACUUCAUAUCGGUAAUCAAUAAAUGUAGGUGGAUCGUCCCCAAGUCAUAUAAGGGAUCCCCAAGACAUUGCAUACGCUUGUACCGGGAUGACCUAGACCGCAUGACUGAGAGUCAGUUUGAUUUCACUCCCUACGCGUCCGAGAUGCUCCCGCCUCUCAUCCUUAAUGAUGCUCCGCUUUGGUCGGCUAGAGUCAUGCUCAUAUUUUGCAAUAUGGCCGAAAUGCAUUACCC